AUGAACUUUGAUCUUCCUUCAGAACUCAUCGCUCAUCUCAACCACCUCGACUCCUUUAUCGAAUCGACUAUCCUCCCCCUCCAGCAUGCCAACGACAACAACCGCUUCUUUGACCACCGCCGGGAGUACGCUCGCACGGACUGGGCGAGGGGUGGACUGCCGAUGAAGGAAUGGGAGGACCUGCUCAACCAAGCUCGAAUCCUGGCCGACCAAGCCGGGUUCUACCGAUUUGCCCUCCCCCAGGUCUACGGAGGCCAGGAACACCCGGACACUAACCUCUGGAUGUCAGCCAUCCGCUACCAUCUGGCCUCACAUCCCGUCUACGGAGGCGGCCUGGGUCUCGCCAACGACCUGCAAAACGAACACAGCGUCGUCGGCAAUUUCCCCGACGUGCUCAUGAUCCAGCAUUUCGGCUCGGAGGAACAGCGCCGCACCCUCAUCCCCCAGCGUUUGCGCGGCGAGUUCCGCGCCACGUUCGGCCUCACGGAACCCGACCACGGCAGCGAUGCGACGUUUCUGGCGACCGUGGCGACUCGCGUCGGCGACGGGUUCGAAAUCACCGGUCGCAAGAAGUGGCAGACCGGGGCACACCACUGUACGCAUCUGAUCAUCUUCGCAAGGACGUCGGGGACGCCCGGGGCGGCGAAGGGAAUCACCGCCUUCUUGGUACCCCGGGAGACGCCCGGGGUCAGAGUCUCCAGCUAUGAGUGGACGUUCAACAUGCCCACCGACCAUGCGACAGUGGAACUGGACCAAGUGCGCGUGCCUGCGUCGGCGGUGCUAGGUCCCGUCGACCAGGGUCUGGCCAUCGCGCAGACAUUUGUACAUGAGAAUCGCAUCCGACAGGCGGCCAGCUCCUGCGGGGCGGCCAAGUACUGUCUUGACCGGAGUAUCGAGCGGGCACGCAGCCGGAAAAUCUGGGGGGAGGGCAAGACCCUGGCGGAUAACCAGGCCGUUCAGUUCCCGGUCGUCGAGCUCAUGACGCAGGUGGAGAUGUUGCGGCUGCUGAUUCUGAAGACCAGCUGGGACAUGGACCGGAUCGUCGCGGCUUCGAGGGAGGCCGGAGACGGAGUGCCGCCGUGGGUGCAGAUCGAGAGGAAGUUGAGUGACAAGGUCGCAAUGUGUAAUUUUUGGGCAAAUCGAUUGUCUUGUCAGGCGGCGGAUCGAGCCAUUCAGAUCCAUGGUGGCGAUGGGUACUCGCGCCAUUAUCCGUUCGAGCACAUCUACCGGCACUUUCGACGAUAUCGCAUCACGGAAGGGGCUGAAGAGAUUCAGAUGCGCAAGGUUGCUGCAUAUCUAUUCGCAUUCAAGGGGCCAGAGAAGGCGAAACGAGCGCAACAGGGCAGACUGUAG